AUGUGCUCAGGAAGAGGGUCCAGAAUAGUGUUCAUGACUCUGCUCUGUCUAUUGCUCCUGCUACCUGGAUUCAUCUCUAUAAUGAGAAAUCCAUCGGACGAGCCUAUGUUUUACACCAGCAGACAGAGAGAAAGGCUUUCAUAUUCUCUUUCUUCUGAUGUCCCAGUGAGUGGUCGAUCUCGUCGGUCAACUCUGAUGCCUGAUGUAUCACACUUGGAACUACUGGUAGUGGUCGGACCUGAUGUCCACCAAAUCCACAAGAAGGAUACAGAACGUUACAUACUCACCAACCUCAACAUUGCCUCAGAACUGUUACGAGAUAGGACUUUGGGAGCCAACAUGAGGGUUCACCUGGUUCGCAUGAUUAUCCAGUCAGAACCAGAGCCAGAGAUACAAAUGUCAACAAAUAUCACCUCUUCUCUUCGAAGUGUAUGCGACUGGGGUGCACGCUUAAAUCCAUCUAAUGAUACAGACCCCCUGCACGCGGAUCUGUUUUUGUACAUUACAAGAUAUGACCUGUUGCUGCCUGAUGGUAAUAAUCAAGUGCGGGGAGUUACGCAGCUGGGAGGUGCUUGUACCAGUCAAUGGAGCUGUGUGAUCACAGAGGACACUGGGUUUGACCUAGGGAUCACUAUUGCCCACGAGAUUGCACACAGUUUUGGAAUCAACCAUGAUGGAGUGGGGAACAUGUGCAGCAGGAGUGGCUUCAUAAUGGCCUCUGAUGGAGGCUAUAACAGUGUGGAUCUUACCUGGUCGUCUUGCAGCAGACAUCAGCUGCUUGCCUUUUUCAAUGAAGGGAAUGCUGAGUGUGUAAGGGAUCCACCUGCCCAAGAAAGUUCCCUACAAGACUGGAAACCUGGACUUUAUUAUGGAAUCGAUGACCAGUGUCGAAUAGCUUUUGGAAAUACUGCAAGAAGCUGUACAUUCACAAAUCCAGAUCUGCCAAUGUGUAGGGUUCUGUCUUGUCACACUGACCCAAAUGAUGACAGCUCCUGCAAGCGUCUUCUAGUGCCACUGCUCGAUGGGACCCAAUGUGGACCUAAUCUAUGGUGUCUGAAGGGGCGUUGUGUCUCCCCGGACCAGCUCAGCACCUCUGCAGUUGUGCAUGGAUCUUGGUCUAGCUGGUCUGGUUUCUCCCCCUGCUCACGAACAUGUGGCGGGGGAGUCAUUAACCGCAUACGGGAGUGCAACAACCCAAGACCUACUUUUGGGGGGAAUUAUUGUGUCGGAUUGGAUAUUGAGGCUGAACUUUGUAACCAGAAGCCAUGUGAGCGCACCCAGCUAGAGUUCAUGGCCGAGCAGUGUUCCAGCACAAAUCUCCAACCACUUUACCUUCGUUCGGACCAGGCCUCUUUCUACACAUGGAUCCCUGCAGUAGGGUUCUCCCAAGGUGAUGAGCAAUGCAGAUACAUGUGUCAGUCCAAGGGCGAGGCCUUCAUUGUGAGCCGUGGAUCUCAUUUUGCUGAUGGUACACGGUGUGAGGCUGAAGGACAACCUAGCUUUAGUUCAACAGGAGUUUGUCUGCGAGGGAAAUGUCUGCUCUUUGGCUGCGAUGGUGUGUUGCAUUCUGGGAAACUGAGAGAUGUGUGUGGUUUGUGCGGAGGGAAUGGAUCUUCCUGCACACGGACCUCCAAUUCAUAUACUGGAGGUCAGGCAAGAGAGUACACUACUUUCUUGUCCUUGCCAUUAAAUGCCACACAGGUUCAUAUCAUCAACAGGGCACCUCUAUUCACCCAUAUGGCUGUGAUGUAUGGAGACAAAUAUGUCGUUUCUGGGACUGGCAGAAUGGCAUUAAAUAUGACCUAUCCCUCCCCAUUGGAUGAUAACUUCCUAGAGUACAGUCUCCAUUUGACUCCUGACCUCUUGCCUGAAAUGGAAGAGAUAGUACUGGCUGGACCAGUACAACAGCAGAUAAACAUUCAGGUUUAUCGCAACUAUGGAAAGGAGUAUGGAGUAAAAACUAACCCCAAUAUAAGUUAUCAGUUUUAUGUUCCUAAUGAUCACAGCAACUUGAAAGAAGUUAAAUUUGACGGCAUAUGGAGCAUUGUCACAACACCCUGCUCUGCGUCCUGUGGUUUAGGUGUUCAGAAAAAUCACUAUGUAUGUGUGGAGAAAGAAACUAAUAAACAUCUGGAAGAACACCAUUGUCCACCAUCUCUACCUUUACCAUUGCAUACAUCUUGUCAGCUCCCAGCCUGCCCACCAAGAUGGAGUGCAGGAACAUUUGGACCCUGCAGCACUUCCUGUGGUAAAGGAAAGAAAAUACGUUCUGUAACAUGCGUUCAAAAACAUGGCACUGAUGUUGUAAGGGUUCGGGAUUCAGACUGCCCAGCUGAUUUAGCGCCGAAUGCUGUUGAAAAAUGUCAUCUUCAACUAUGUCCUGCCAGAUGGCAUGUCUCAGAGGCAGGAAAUUGUUCUGCAGUGUGUGGUCCAGGAGAAAUAAUAAGAAAUGUGUCAUGUGUACGACAAGAGGACAAUCAAGAAGUUGAAGUUAAUGAAACCUUCUGCUCAAAUCAAAGAAGACCUCCUGAAUCUUUGCCAUGUGUAGUGGAUGUCUGUCCAACUGGGUGGGACAAAACAAAGGAGGGUGAAACUGUUUUAAAGUCUGGCUUUAUGCCACGUUCUAGGCAAGCUCCUGUGUUUGUGUGGAGCCCAGUUAUUGGGCAGUGCUCAAAGACUUGUGGUAAUGGAACCAUACAGGUAUGGUUCUCCUGUGUGAACUACCAGACCAAAUGGAGGGUACCUGAGUUCCACUGUGACCCUUCAAAAAAACCUCCUCCUAAAUCUGAGAACUGCAAUACAUUCCCUUGCCCUCCAAUGUGGCGAUCAAAGCUAGGCAUCUGCAGUACAACAUGUGGCGGAGGGGUUGCCAACACAGUGCUGUACUGUGCUCAGGAGGCAGAUGGGGAAGAGAUGGUUCUGGAGGAUUCUGAGUGCAGUCACUUUCCAAAACCCGCAGCAGUGGUGCCAUGUAACACGCACGACUGCCCAGCGAGAUGGAAGAUUCAGAGCAUGUCACAUUGCUCUGCUUCUUGUAAUCUGGGUGUAGCUCACAGGAUUGUGUCCUGUGUUCAGUUUGUUCAAGGCAAGGAAAGUGUGGUGCUUGAGGAGAGCUGUCAGACCUCAGUCAGACCAGCUACUACGGUGCCUUGCCUGGUGCAGGUGUGCACCUUUAGGUGGGAGGCAAAAGCAUGGAGCCAGUGUUCAGUGUCCUGUGGUUAUGGCAUUCAGUCCAGAACAGUAUCAUGCAUGGGGCCCUCUAAACCCGAGCCCCUCAGUCCUUUACUAUGCAUGCACAUGCCUAAGCCUAUCACCAUUCAGGGCUGCAGCAUGGACAGCUGCACAAAUGUGCCAUCUACCUCAGUUAUCAUUACAGCUAUGUAUCCUGCAUUUGAGGCAGAUUCUCACCUGUCUCACACUCCAAAUACAAUGACAAAACGAUACCGCAUGCAAAAUCUACCUCCAAGUUCAUCCGGUUCAGUCACAAUUCCGCAGGCCACUACAACAGCCAGUCCUUCACCUAAACCAGAUGUGUGUGGACAGCUACUCCUGCAAGAAUCAGGCACAAUUGACUUGCGCAACAUCAUUGGUCCGUGCACGGUGGCGAUUGGUCGACCUCUGGAUGAGGUACUUCAUGUCAAAAUAGUGUCAAGCGCCUUAAACUGCAGAAUAGGCGAAUAUGCUGUAUUCUUUGACCGACUGGCACUUGUGCGCAAGUGCGAACAGGCGGCAAGUAGCACGCUGACCACAAGAACCAACGUCCUUCUUGUGCGACAGAAUCUUCUCACUUCUGGGAAUGGCAUUGUGUUCACCUUCAGCUCACAGAGAAAUGUGAAAAAGAGCCAACAUCAAAAUUGCGACAAGCAGCUGUUUACCUCCAGCGGGGAAUUUGAGAAUCCAACAACAUCUGACACGAACCACACUUGUCGUGUACUGAUCAAUGCCCCUCCCUCAGUGAAGAUCAGAAUCCAAGCACUGCACAUAGGAUUGGUCUUCAACACCACAAACUCACAGUCUUCAUACAUUAUGAUCCGAGACAUGGAUAUGCUGAAGACCAAUGUGUUUAAAGGCCCGCAGCUGUUUGUGUGGCACUCCUCAGGAAAUAUGGCUGAGGUUGAAUUCAAUGGCGAUUACCAGCACACAGUGGGAAGCUUCAGAGCAAAAUAUUCUUUUCUAAAACGUUAG